AUGGACAAAGAUACAUUGAACAAGCGCACCCGAGUGUCUAGGGCACUUUUGACCAGUUCCGAACCAUCCGCAAUGACCUCAAGGACUACUAUCAACAGAGACAUGCUGAUGGUGCCCGGCGGCUCCUCAACCCACAGUACGAUGUCGCCAGAGGUGCAGCCAUUUCCUUUUCCCGCUAUAGCCUUUCAACAGGCCCCCCUGUCAGAUGCCCGCAGCAUGUCUGGGUCAGUCCCCUACGCCUUUGACCAAACACAGCCCCUCCAUCAAAGGAAGCCAGAAGUUGGCACCCACUACUUUCAGGAUCAAGAGUCCUAUCCGCCUCUAUUCUCACACCAGACCAUACCACCGCAGUCAUUCGGUCCCGAAAUUGAAUCCUUCCCCCCAGCCAUACCAACCACAGACGGGGCAUACUUUCCCAUUGAUCAAGAAGAAUGGCUCGCGAUAGCAGUAUCACAAUCAUCUCCUAACCCCACAAAUGCCGACUAUUAUCUCCCAGAGUCAGCUCCGUCCUCCUUCUCUCAAUCACGGCUAACCCCCGUAACCACCGCAUCUUUAUCUUCCGCUACCACCGCAGACCUUGACUUCGAGCUAGAUCUCGACCUCGAUCUCGACGAUCUCCAACUUCAAUCACUCUCCGACACCUCCUCCGCCCGCAGCCAGACGCGAGAUCUAAACAACUAUGGUAUUCAAAAUCCCGACGGAACCUGGCGUUGCGCAUACCCCGGCUGCUCCUCGCACGCCGUCUUCCGUCGGGGCUGUGAUCUCCGGAAACACUAUAAUCGUCACCGCAAACAUCUCUUUUGCCGGUACGAAGGGUGCCCACAGGCUGUGCGGGGCGGGUUCUCCAGCAAGAAAGACCGAGACCGGCAUGAGGCCAAACACAACCCAGAGAUUCCUUGUGAGUGGGAUGGGUGUCAGCGGGUAUUUAGUAGGGUAGACAACAUGAAGGAUCAUGUGAGGAGAAUUCAUAAGAGGAGGGAGACUUGA